AUGUCUGCUGCUUAUAUGUUUACCACAAACACUGGACAAACAUCUAGUCUCCCUCAUUCAUUCACCCAUAUUGCUGAUCAAGCUACUGCUUCUGCUCUGUCCUUUGUCUUCACUCCUGUAUAUUCUGUAGAUCCCGCCCAGUUAUUCGCUGCCAAUACCACUCAGAUAUCCAACAUCAACACCAGUCAGACCAUGGCAACCUCACGCCCCCUUCUUGAGCACAUGAUCGUCUCCAUCAACCGCCACAAAUUGGCCAACGACGACACUGACUGGACCACUCAAUUCCCGUUGAAGAAACUCAGAAUAACACCCGUCAACCCUAUCACUAUCGAUCAGUUCAUCUACAGCCGUCUGCAAGGCGAGAUCAUGGAGAAUCUACGCAAUGACACCGAUGCCGAAGGUCUUACCAUCGUCUGGGUCAUGUCCACCACCAACCAACUCGGCAUCGUCCGUGACAAUGACUCCCUGAAAGCCGCUAUCCUGGACUACCAACAUACUGGCAAGCACAUCGUCCAGCUCUACAUUAUCAGAGAAAACGGUAAUUGA